AUGUUAUUGACUUUUAUGUGAACGAAAGCUUAUUUAAUGCCUUUUUUAAUUGGAAUAGCUAACAAUAAAAAAGAUAACAAGUUAUAAGGAAUCAUGAAGUCGUCUAAAUACAUCCAAACAAACCUGACGGCAGCAGACAACGACUUCAUGGGUUUCCAACGUCCUAGUGACUCGUUCUCCUCGACAGGGAGAGAAGCUAUUACACUGCACAGACAAACAUCGUUCAGAAAGCAACAUUGCAAUGUUAAAAGUAGCGAAGAGAUGCUUAUUGGCGACAGUUUUGAUAGUCGGCAACAUUUUUCAACAACUGACCUGCACAGGGCACUGAAAUUGAGUCAUGAACAAGAAAUCGAACUUCUGUGUCGUAACAGUCAAUUCUUCAUGGAUCCACCCCAAUACAUAAGAGCUGAAUACGGAAUUAACAGGUCUUGUUGUUCCACGCCGAGAACCGAGAUCGAAGGGCGAAAAGCUUUGCAAUAUAACAUCGAGAGACGUGCAGGUUUCGUCGAUUCGGGAAAGCAACAAGCAACAGCGGUGACGGCUAGAGGGUGUGACCCUCCGGCAAUAUCCGGGGCGAAAUUCCAAAGGAAUGCGUCCCUCCGAAGAAUGCAACACACACCCGAAAUUAUUAACACCCACUUGGGUCAUAAUGCCCUUUUAUACGACAGUUAUCGUGAGGAGAAUUGUUCGGUGAGUGCUUCGACCGACUUUGACAAGGAUUUGCUGGGGACCGAUGAGUACGGCUUCCGAAGGGUGGUUGGGGGACACGCGGGCCCCGGUGGCCACAAGGUCAUGACGAGAACAAGCGACAGCAGCACCAGGGCGAACGGUAAUAACAGCGAAAGGCGGAAGCGGAAACAAGGAGAUGGAAUGGACGCCGCCGAGGCCGACUGCGAUCCAGAGCAAAUAUUCGAACUGAUGGGUAGCCAGCAAAGGGCGGCAACGUGCCACUGUAGCUGCGAUCACGUCUACAACCCUGGCUACAUGUGCCUCCAGGUACGUUUCGUCGAUUCGGGAAAGCAACAAGCAACAGCGGUGACGGCUAGAGGGUGUGACCCUCCGGCAAUAUCCGGGGCGAAAUUCCAAAGGAAUGCGUCCCUCCGAAGAAUGCAACACACACCCGAAAUUAUUAACACCCACUUGGGUCAUAAUGCCCUUUUAUACGACAGUUAUCGUGAGGAGAAUUGUUCGGUGAGUGCUUCGACCGACUUUGACAAGGAUUUGCUGGGGACCGAUGAGUACGGCUUCCGAAGGGUGGUUGGGGGACACGCGGGCCCCGGUGGCCACAAGGUCAUGACGAGAACAAGCGACAGCAGCACCAGGGCGAACGGUAAUAACAGCGAAAGGCGGAAGCGGAAACAAGGAGAUGGAAUGGACGCCGCCGAGGCCGACUGCGAUCCAGAGCAAAUAUUCGAACUGAUGGGUAGCCAGCAAAGGGCGGCAACGUGCCACUGUAGCUGCGAUCACGUCUACAACCCUGGCUACAUGUGCCUCCAGGACGACCGGGUGCCUCCGGCGCCGGACGUGACCCAUGGCAUCGCUCGCUCGUCCACCCCCGGACCAGGAAGCAAACCGGAACCGGCCGGGACACCCCCGUAUUACCGCUCAACCACAGGCAUCUCCAACAGUUCAAGCUCCAACUCCGCCUCAUCAAAGACUGAUCUUUCUAGCCGCCACUGGUGGAUUAUUGCAACUGUACUACUUCUAGCGGCUGCAGCAGGAGUCGGGGUUCCAAUUGCACUCAAAAUAAAAGAAGGCGCUUCAUUGGAAGAACGACUAGAAUUCGCGUCACGGCUAUUGCAAGAAGUUCCUCUAAUAGAUGGCCAUAACGAUCUUCCGUGGAACAUACGAAAGUUUUUACACAAUCGUCUAAAGGAUUUCAAGUUCGGAGAAGAUUUACGAAAUGUCACUCCUUGGUCCAAUAGCGUUUGGAGUCAUACCGAUCUCCCAAGGAUGAGACAAGGUCAUAUCGCUGCACAGUUCUGGGCGGCGUACGUACCUUGCGAUAGUCAAUACAAGGAUGCGGUCCAGUUAACCCUGGAACAAAUCGACGUUAUCAGAAGGCUGACAGAACUCUACCCGCCUCUGACCCUUUGCACGUCGGCGGAAGAAAUAAAAGCAGCAUACGGAAAACACCAAGUGUGCUCGUUAAUCGGAGUUGAGGGUGGACACUCGUUAGCUGGUAGUUUGGCUGUGUUAAGGAUGCUUUACCACGUUGGAGUGCGCUAUCUAACACUAACAUCCACAUGCAACACGCCGUGGUAA